AUGACGUCUAGAUCAUCAACACCACCAACAUCAACUACGACAACUACUACAACAAUGACGCAACCACUCGUCUCAAUCGACUUGAAACAAUUGAUCGAUAAUCUGAUACAUAGUGCAGUUAAAUGUGAUAUAGCAACUAAUGUCAAUAAGGAUGCGAUUAAAGAGUCAAUGGAGAAGGCAUUGCCAUUGUUUGACAAGACAAAGAUGACAGAGCCACAACAAGUUGAAUGGAGAUCAAAUGUUGAGAUCCCUCUCAGGCAAUCACUAGGUCAGCUAUUCAAAUCGGAUCAAACAAGUAUACAACAGAUAGAUAACUUGAUACAGUUCAUUAUAUACUUGUUUGAACUUGGUUAUAUUGAUACGAUGCUUGUGUAUCUGUUGGAGGACAUGUUCGAUAGUAACUCAAUCAGUAGAUCGAUACAGUUGUUUGCAUUGUUAGAGUCACGCGUGGAGUUCUUCUCACAGGAUGCACUGGUCUCCAGCACGUCCAAGUCCAAAUUGGUCAUCAUCAAGAUAUGUGUGGAGCUGCUGCGUCGCCUGUCCAAGUCGACCAAUCCUGAGUCGUGUGGACGUGUGCUCAUCUUCCUGGCCUACCUCUUCCCGCUGUCGGACCCCUCGGGUCUCAACUCCAAGAGUGUAAACAACCUGCGUCCAGACGAUCUGAUACGUGGCGACUCUUUGAUCGAUGGCGGCGACGUGGCCAUGCAGGUGGACUCAUCGAUCAGCGACACGACCACCGUCGACAUGAACUUCUACAAGCAGUUCUGGGCACUGCAGAGCUACUUCCAGAAUCCAUACCAGCUAAUCACCAAUGGGCCAGCAUCGGGCUUUGUCUCGGGCAAUGCGGCCACACUCAACAAGGAGCGAUGGACACAUUUCACUCAAUCGAUCGACUUGGUGUUGACUACAUUCGCGACACACAUCAAUCUUGACGAGUUGGCAUCACUACCCAAGGAUCACUACUUCACCAAAUAUCUCACCAACAGCAACCUUAUGAAGCUUCAACUGAAAGACUCCAUCUUCCGUCGUAACAUCCUCACUCAACUGCUCUUCACAUUCCAAUUCCUCGACGUUACAUCUCACAAGAACCCAACCCUAUUCACAGACGAGCAUAAACAAUCAAUCCAGAAUCAAAGUAUCAAAGCGAUCAAGAUACUAUCACAAACUCAACCGAAUGGCAAUCAGUUUGCAGAAUGUUUGAAUAUGGUGUUGAAGAGGGAGACGAAUUGGAUCGCUUGGAAACGCGAUCAAUCAUGUAAAUCAUUCGAGAAACCAAGCUGUCCUCCAAUAGUGGUCAAGAGGAGGAAGGUCAAGAAGCACGACCCGUCCAAGGUGUCGCUGGGCAACGCCGAACUGUCCAGACUGUGGAACAUCUCCAACGACAACCACGAGUUCCUCAAGCAAGAGACCAAGCUAUCGCUCGACACCUAUCUAAUGCCACUGCGCAGCGAGAAGGUGCGCCUGGACGAAGAGGCGCGCGCCGAGGCCGAGAAGAAGGAGCGACGCAAGCAAAAGGAGAUCAAGAGGCACGAGGAGCAUGAGAAGCGCCAACAAGAUCUGGCCGAGAAGAAGCGCAAGAACCCAGAGUAUGAGCCGACCGAAGAGGAUGAGGAUCCCAUCGAGGUGGACUCUGAUGACUUGGAGGACUUGGACGAGCCACAGCCACUGCUCAAGGAUGAUCAGAUGUACAUAUGGAAGACGUUGCGAUUGAUGUCACGUCAGCGACUCGAGUGCUUCAAGGCGUCCGAUUCCAAACUCAACGUCGACAACAUUGUCCAAGCAUACUUCCAAAAGGCAGUUCAGUCGCCCAAGAUGUCCAAAGGCUCUGUCUCUGGCAACAACAAUCAAAUGAUCAUUGACAAGCCACUCUCUGCUCCACCUCCUCCCACUUCAUCCGUGUGA